GUGCCCAGAUGACCACACAAGUACACAACGAAGUAGUAGUAUUUUUUCUUACCAAACCAAAACAAAAAACUCUGAGAAGAAGUGAUGCAAAAAUAAAACAACGUUAAAAAAAAAAAAUCAAAAUUCACACUCUUUCUCUCUCUAAAAAAAUCCAACCGGCGCAAAAAAUAGAGAGAGAAAGAGAGAGAGAGAAAUUACAGAUCCGGUAAUGGAGAAUCCAUCGCCAAAAUACAGCCACAGCUCCAACAGUUCGAGCUGCAGUAGCACCACCGCGAAUGGCUUCAACCACCACCACCACCACCCGCCGCCGUCUCCCGCCGCAGCGCCGCCAACUCCGACGCCAAUCACCAGAUCCGAACCCAACAGCCCGUACCCGACAACCUUCGUCCAGGCGGACACCUCCUCCUUCAAACAAGUGGUCCAAAUGCUAACAGGUUCCUCCACCGAGAAUUCCCGAAUCCCAACCCGCCCCGACCCGACCCGAAACCACAUCCCGACAAUCAAGCCCGGGCUCAAAAGAGACAAAUCCGGUUCCAAGCUGUAUGAACGCAGAAACAGUCUCAAAAACUUCAGGAUCAGCCCGUUGGGUCCUGGUCUGGUCAACACCCGACCCGGUCUCUCUCCCGGGUACUCCGGCUCGCCCCGACCUGCCACGCCGGAAAUUCUCUCCCCGAGCAUCCUCGAUUUCCCGUCGCUGGUACUGAGUCCGGUGACUCCUCUCAUACCCGACCCGUUCAACCGCGGCGCAACCGCUGCCAAUUCCGACGGCAACUUGGAUUCGGAGGCGGAGGAAAGGGCAAUUAAGGAAAGAGGAUUCUAUUUGCAUCCGUCGCCGCGGGCCAAUACCCCCAAAGAUCCGGAGCCCCGGCUUCUGCCAUUGUUUCCGCUGACGUCACCCAGAGCUUCGUGUUCGUCACGUGCUGCCGAUUCGUGAGUGAGUUCGAUCUCCAUUUUUCCUUUUUUUUUUAAUUAGUUUUUUUUUUAUUUUUAAUUUGGUGUAAUUUGUACCAUUUUAUGUGUUUAAAACCACAUUACAUAUGAUUUGGAGUGGGUAAAACUAUAUUGUUAUAUCAUAAAGAUGAAUUAAAUUAAAAAAAAAAAAAACAACUAAUUAAUUUCA